AUAAUUUAAAUGACUAAAUUGUGUAUUGUUAUAUUUCUGAAAUUAAAGGACUUGCAUUGUUGUUUUCGGAAAAAUAUAGGCCAGGGUACAUUUGUCAAUAUAAAGUUUAUUUGGAGCGCAGUUACAAACAACUGAGCGUUCCCAAAGAAAGCAUUUGGUGCAGAAAGAAAGAUGAAACCCUGCCAUUUUAAAACUCAGCUUCUUUAAAGUCAUUUUAAUACUUCUUUAAAACUCAGCUCGCCAUUUUAAUACUUCUUUAAAACUCAGCUCGCCAUUUUAAUACUUCUUUAAACCCUCGUUACUCGCCAUUUUAAUAUUCUUUAAAAGUUACUAAUGGGGAACUGUCUCUGUGGCCCCAAAACACCCUCCACACGAGUCGAACCAACUACUGAUCAAGCGACCCUGCCCUGUCCAAAUGUUUCUCCACCAGAGGAGACUGCUGAGAAUCAGAAGUUGGUUCCUCUUGCUGAACAAGAAGACAUCAUGCUCCCACACUUUCAUGGUCCAGCCACAUUGCAAGUUGAAGGCAGUCCCUCAUCCGCCACUGAUGGCUCUUCACUGCAAAUUACUGACUGGAGGAGCCCCUCAUCGUUCGUUAAUCAUAUUGUAAAAUCGGAGUCCUCCUCGGUUACAUCACACACCUCCUCUGUAGCAACAGAUAACUCUAGACCAGAAUAUUGCCUAAUUGUAGAUAACUCCACACGAGUCGAACCAACUACUGAUCAAGCGACCCUGCCCUGUCCAAAUGUUUCUCCACCAGAGGAGACUGCUGAGAAUCAGAAGUUGGUUCCUCUUGCUGAACAAGAAGACAUCAUGCUCGCACACUUUCAUGGUCCAGCCACAUUGCAAGUUGAAGGCAGUCCCUCAUCCGCCACUGAUGGCUCUUCACUGCAAAUUACUGACUGGAGGAGCCCCUCACCGUUCGUUAAUCAUAUUGUAAAAUCGGAGUCCUCCUCGGUUACAUCACACACCUCCUCUGUAGCAACAGAUAACUCUAGACCAGAAUAUUGCCUAAUUGUAGAUAACUCCACACGAGUCGAACCAACUACUGAUCAAGCGACCCUGCCCUGUCCAAAUGUUUCUCCACCAGAGGAGACUGCUGAGAAUCAGAAGUUGGUUCCUCUUGCUGAACAAGAAGACAUCAUGCUCGCACACUUUCAUGGUCCAGCCACAUUGCAAGUUGAAGGCAAUCCCUCAUCCGCCACUGAUGGCUCUUCACUGCAAAUUACUGACUGGAGGAGCCCCUCAUCGUUCGUUAAUCAUAUUGUAAAAUCGGAGUCCUCCUCGGUUAUAUCACACACCUCCUCUGUAGCAACAGAUAACUCUAGACCAGAAUAUUGCCUAAUUGUAGGUCCUUUUGGUCGAGAGUACUCCUACAAGGGAUAUUUGCCUACAAUUAGAAAGGUGGUUGUAUCUAAGCAUCUUGGUUUCGAUGGGGUGCCUCUUUAUCACGGACCACAACGGAGGAGGCAAUUUGAAGUUCAAAUGGCUACACUGAAAAAACCAGGUCAUCCAGAUCUUGUGAAAUUGAUUGGAGUCUAUUUCGCGGAAGGUCAUACUGUACCCUUGUUUGAGCUCAUGCCUAUAGGUUUUUAUGAAAGUUAUCUCCAUGAUUAUCCACAACUUCAACAAGAACUGGACUGGAACACGAGAGUUAACAUCGCUGUAGCCGCUGCAAAGGGAUUGCAAAGUAUGCACAGUGAAAUGAUUUGCGGUGAUUUGAGGGUAAUGGCAUGUGAUAUUUUUAGCUUUGGGAUGUUUCUCUUGGAACUUUUAACUGGCCUGAAGCCCGUCAAGGAUAAAAGUAGUGGACUGGAAAACCUAGUAGACUGGGCCAAAGAUAUGCUCAUUAAUAACACGAAUCCUGUGUACAUGGUUGACCCUUUUCUGUUUGGUGAGUACCCUCCUGAAGAACUACAUCAAAUUCUCAACCUUGCUCAACAAUGUGCUCAGGAGGACCCUAGCAGGCAACCUGCUUUAUCAGAACUAUUUGGAGUUCUGGAAGAAAUGUCUAUGAAGAAAGAUGGCUUUGUGUAUUUGAGCAAUGAUCUUGUUCAUGAGUCCUCCAUGGAUGGCCAGCCAACGAAGGACGGAUCGGAGAAGAGUUCUGAUGAAGACUGGGAACACUUAGCGUGA